AUGGAUCCGCACGCGAUCGCGCAACUCGCAAAACAUGUGAAUCCGUUCGACCUCCCGCAGAAAAUGGCUCGAUACCUUGUCCACCUCCCACAACCUGCUUCACUACGACGCGAAUUCUGCCUCCGCGACUUCGGCAACAUUGGUGGUCUCGCAUGCCACAAAAAGUUUAAACAUCCACCUGUAACUCCAAAUUUGCCAGCAACAAUACAGGUAACGUUUCCACGCAAUAAGAAACGCCAGCGAGAUACGUCGCCAUCAGAACGUGAGGACAGAGAAAAAGUCCAAUGCGGAGUAUGCCAGAAGUUCUACGCCCACCUAGUCUCCCUCGUAAUACACUGCAGAAAAUUCCAUGAAGGAGAGGGUCUGCCCCAAAAAAUCGAAUUCCACCAAAUGGGCAAUACAAAACAACGAAAACAAGAGACCUUCCGGCGUUAG